AUGCUUAAGAAUUUAUAGCCGUUAAGGUUGCUUAGAAUCUUUAAGAGGAAAAUAAUUAUUUAUGUGUGUUUAAUCGAACUUAUAAACAAUAAAGAUUUGAUACUUAUUAGUUAAGCAAAGAUUAACAUUUAGAAUUAAAAAAAAUAAAUAACUAAAAAUAUAGAAGAACAAUGCAAAUAAAAAAUAAGCUUAAUGAAAAAUAUUAAUGAAAGUAUUAAAGAGCAAAAAGGUCUUUUAGAAUAAAUAUUUGCCAAUCUUAUUGGAGAAAUCGAUUAAAUAAAAAGUUAAACAGAAAAAUAACUGUAGUAAGGUGAAAUAAUAACAUCUGAUAAUUUAGAAAUAGAUUUAGGAUUAUUAAAUGAUAAAAAUAGUAAUUAAACUAUAUAAAUAAUAUCAGAAAAUGAGUUACUACUAAUUAAAUCAUUUCUAAAUUAAACUAAGUUUUGUGAAAUAAAUAAUCUCUCAAAAAAGAUCCUUGAAAUAUUUACGAAAUUUUAUGACAUCUCAAAAUUACAAAAUGAAAGUUUUAAUUUUGUGGUUGAAUAAAAGCAGAAAACUAAAGUAACUUUUUAAUUAAUCUAGGAAAUGCCUUUUUUAAAGUUUUUAUGCGAAAAUCAUGAUGAAUAAAUAUUUAUGCUCUAAUUAGAUGAAAAAAAUAAAGGUUAAAAAUUUGCUUGUUCUCAGUGUAUAGCGGAAAACUAAGGAAAAUAAAUAACACUUGAUUAAUUGUAAUAAAAAUAUGAUACUUACUAAUUUUAAUCUGAAACUUCAUUAACAUAUUUUUAAUAAUUAAGAGAACAGCAUACAAGAUAAAUAAUUAUAUUAUGUAAGGAAGUAUAUGAAAAAUAAAAGUAAACCGUAAACCAACUAUUUAACAUUUAGAGGAGAACUUAAAAUCUUUUUAAAAAACAAUAAACAUAAAUUUAUAAUUUAAGAAUCAAAAUAUUUUUUAAUUAGAGAAAGAAUAAUUAUAAGAUUUAUUAUAACCAUUAUAUUAGGAAUAAAGUUCCGAACAUUUUUAUAAAAUUAUUGAAAAAUAAUUAGAAUAGGAUAAGGAAUUAUAUGUUAAAUUUGAAUAACAUUUUGAAUAAUUAAUAAAAUUAGAAAUGUAAAAUUUCAAUUUAAUUAAACAUAGAGCAUUAGUUUAUUUUGAAGAAACUAGAAUAUUAAAAUGA